AUAAGAAUAAAACGACAAAGCUAAUUUUUCUGGAUUCACUUCUACAAGAGAAACAGAUGUUCAGUGUGCAGUGACGUGCACUUCUGUGAUUUUCUGCGUCUACCCUUUACAAUGGAGCAGGAUGUGUUCACAUGUAUCUGUGGGGUGAGGUUGGAUAAAGAAAGUCUGUAUGGACAUGUGGAAACCAAACACUUGAAUGAGGCUAUAGCCAGUUUUGCACAGAAGAUCUUAGACUUAAAAUCCUCUCUUGCUCCACAACUAGUCGAUGGUUUACAGCCUGUUGCUACUGCCGUACCUGCAUUAUUAGAUGCUACAUAUAAACAUGAUCAACUUGUGAAUGCUACUAAGCCCCUUGACGAUGUAAAUGCUGUAAAUAAUCAUAAGGUGUCCAUACCCUUAAAUACUACAAAUCAUCUUGAUGCUUCCCGACAUGUAAAUGAUACAAAUCACGAUACUGAUACCCAAUAUGAAAAUUCUAUAAAUCACCAAGAUGACCCCAUACCUGUAAACGAUGUUUCUGUUCCUAAAAAGUUCCAAGAGGAAGGUUUAAACUCCAGUAACCCUCUCAACCAGAAGGAAUCCAGGAAUAUCAACAACAGUUCAGCUCCUAGUUCAGAUGCUGUUCAAGUUGAUUUCAUUCAUCCUCCAGGAUCUCGACCCAGCCUGCAACCUGUAGAAGAGACUCCUGAAGAUCUAGAGGACGGGGAGGAGGACGAGUUGACCAUCUUGUCCUCUCCGGAGGACGAGGAUGAGCUGGAUCCUCCAAUAUCUAUGAAAACUGGAAGAUUCAGGUGCCCUGAGUGUAAGUAUGCUGAUUCUAGUUGUAAACUAGUUCAAGAUCAUCUAGAGAAUAUUCAUCCUCUCACCUCAACAAUCUCCAGGGUAUCCAGGAGACUGAUCAAACAAGAGAUGAGCAUUAAACUAAACGCUGUACAUCUUUACAACCCAGAGCAGAUUGAAAUUCUUAAGCGCGGCAUUAAGAGAAACUUUGAGCAAGAAUUUGGUAAUCCUUCUUCAAGUCAAGAUGAGAUUUAUCUGGCUGAAAGGAGUUCCUUCACAUUGCCUGACAGAAAGCGAAGACGACAUUUAAGCAAUACCCGCCCUGAAACUCCUUCCAAGGAGGUUUGGAUUUCUAACUCAACUAAAUCCAAACUUUCUGAUCCAAGUUUUAUUUCUCCAAAUCAAAAUUUCAACUGGGGAGAAACUGGCUCGAAAACUCUAGAAACGCAUUCUUCUAAAUAUAGCUCAAAAUUAGCUUUGUUACCUUCAACAAGAUUUCGUUCCAAAUCUCCCCAAAUGCGUUCUAGGAAUCGUUCCAAAUCUUCUUAUUUGGCUUCACGCUCCACUAGAAAUGGGUCCAAAUCACCCCAGACGUCUUUACCGUCUACUAGAUAUCGUUCCAAAUCACGUAAGUCACCUUCAGGUUCCACAACAGAUAAUUUCAACUCCCCUGAAAUAUGUUAUUCUACCAGAACAAAAUCCGCAAUUUCUCCAACUUCAUAUUCAAAUUCUGGUAAAGGCAAUCUACCAUCUGUUUUAGCACCUACAAAUUUAGCUGAAAAUGUCAACAAAUCUCCGAAGGUUAGGAAAAGGUCUAUUUCUAUCAGGUGUUCUAAACCAGAUUGUUUAAUAAAUCCUUCAAAAUCAUCAAAUGCAUCCAGAAAUCGAUCAUCAUCUCACAAAACUCCAUUCUUUUGUAUACCAACUUCCUCAGUAUCUCCCAAAACAAUAACCUCUGUACGUUCAAGUCAUGCUGAAAUAUUACAAAGUGCUCCGAAGAAAAUAAAUAUCCAGAGAACUGGAUCUAGUCUUGCAAGGGAUAAUAAAGAACCCCCUCUUCUAGAAGAUGCCUGGUUGAAUCCACAUGAAGGGUCAGGUUCAUAUAAAGAUGUUGAAAGUCAAUCUGCGGAAAAUCUAGUCCAAGUCAAGAUUCAUUCUGAUACUCUUUCAAUCUCUGUACCCGUAACAACCUCAUCUCGCACUGCCAACGCCUCUUCAUCUGCGAAUAUCUCACGGACCGUUGCUACGCCUGAACCGAUCAGCCCCCAACCGCAUUCAGAACCCAUCUUAGGGGACAAAUGGUCCCCUAAGAUGGGUUCGAUAAAUCUUGUUCCUGAUUCCGGGGAGUCGGAUCUGGAUAGUUCUAUGGAUUCACCUCAAGGAUCACCCCGACAUUCAUCAGAUUCAAUAACCAGACACAGGAACCUACAAGAUGACGACAUUGCCGGAAAGGUAGCAUCAGACUUGUCUUCGGAGUGGACUGACGAAGAAUGGAUGGAAAAUGAUGAUGCAGGAGAAGGAGUACAAGGAGUACAAGGAGUACAUGAAGAUAAAUACGCUACUGAAUUAACUACAGAGGAUGCUGUUACAGCCCUUGUAGAGUCUUCAAACCCUGGAUUAACUCAUGAGGAAGAUGUUUCAGCACCUGGAAAUUCUUCGAAUCCUAAAUUAACUCAUGGAGAAGUUGUGUCAGUGCCAGGAGAGUCUUUAAACCCUGAAUUAACUUCUGGAGAAGCUUUAUCAGUUCCUGGAGAGUCUUUGAACAACGAAAUAACUCCCGAAGACGCUUUAAGCCUUGAAAAUAAUGACAAACCCAAGGAGCUUAAUGAUAGAAACAAAGUAUCAAGUCCUGAUAAAAACAAUGGUUGUGAAGAGGAUGGGGAUGUUACGGAGAAACUCAGUGAACCUCAGCUUGAUAAUGCAAAAGAUGAAGAAACAGAAGACGGCGAAAAACACAGGAUUGAGAGCUACUUGCAGUAUGUAACCAAUGUAAAUAACAUGUACCUCAAAUCAACACUUGACUCAACUUCCAGAACUCACGUACGCCUUCGCAACAUCGGGAUUAAUAAAUCUGACACGGAGACACAGAUAAAUAACCAGCAGUCUGGAGUGUCAGCAGGGGAAGAAAGCUAUCAGCUGUUUGUGUCAGCCUCAGAAAGUGUAAAGCUGGCUAGACGAGGAACGAAUAAAGUCAAGAUUACGAAAGAGAUUAAGAAAGCUGGAACAAGGAGUAAAAAACCAAAACGAAACCUUCUGGAGGAGUUAAGUAAAACUAGUAAAAGCGCAGACUCAUCGCCGGUUAAAACAAAACCAGGCCGGGGGAGGCCACUCAAAAAACCUCCGACCCCCGUCGCCUAUCCUAAAAAAGAAACAUCUUUUAUUGAAGGAACUAGUUUUGAUGAGCUACUUGAUGCUGAGGAGGAUGACACUGAUCUGAAUCCAGACUGUGAGCUGGAGUACACAGAACCAGAUCUUGGUUCCUCCCUCCUGGCACAUCUUGCAGUACGGUCUAUAGGUUUACCACCGGAGAGAUAUGAUCAGAAGGAGAUUGAAGCUUUUAUCACGACGUUCUUCCCGUUCUACAGGAAUAGAUUUAAGGAGUGGGAGUGGAGAGAUCUUAGCUCUCAACUCAAGUUCAAUCCGAAUAUAAGGAAAACCAAUUAUGUGAUCAACAACCUUAACCUGGCUGUGGUGAAUGAGCAUAGUGGAGAAACUAGAACCUGUCUUCAUCCUUUGUUCCUGGAGAGAAUGGUUCAAUCCUUCCUGGAGGACGGUGAGUUUUCUCAUCCGUCCAGUUCCAAUAUGUUAGAGAUGAGUAGCCUGGAUCAGAUGUAUCUAGGUCUAGCUAGACUAGGAUAUCCGGUCAGCUUGAAGCAGGUCAAAUAUUAUCUGUUGUUCGCAAUACCGUCGUUUAUUCAUGAGAUCAAGAACUGGGAAGCAAAAAUUCAACCUCUUCUCAUUGGAUCAAAAAUUGUUGAUGCCAAGGACGGUUUAUACUCCAUUUCUCAAGGAUAUCUCAAGUAUGUGACGGACAAGCUUGAAACCUACUUUAAGGAGAACAAGGAGAAAUGUUUAGCUGCGAUAUCUUAUCCGAACCUGUUCUCAUUUUCUCAGCUCAGCUUUACCCCACCAAGAAGAUAUUCAGAAGAGGAAAUCUCUGCUCAACACUCCAAUGAUGUUGCCAUUGAAAAUUCGAAAUCCAUCUCCGACGACUUAAAUUUUUUACCUACUGCCCUUGAUGCUUCAAAACCUAAAAACUUGGAAGGAGAGAACAAUGAUAUAUCGAAGAAUGUUGUAUUUGAUCAAGGUACUACAGAGAAACGGUCUGGACAAUCCAGUGAAUUACUUGCGGAGCAAAUAAAAGAUAACAAGCAAGUGUUUGAUGAGGAUAAGAGGAUGUUGGAUGAGGAUGAGAGGGUGUUGGAUGAGGAUGAGAAGAUGUUGGAUCAGGAUGAGAAGAUGUUGGAUCAGGAUGAGCAUAUGUCAGAUAAAGAACUAAAUCUAGAAACCAACUCGCAGUUCAAUGACCUAAAACAAAGAAAUAAUGAUAAAUCGAUCCCUCAAACCACUUUUAGCACAACACCAAGUCCUUUUAUCUCACCGUUCAAACCUAUUCCUCUGGGCCAAGGUUUGAGCAUUCAAAAGGUUGGGCCAGCAAGAGAGCAACAAAAAUCUUCCAGAGAUCCGUUAUUGUUGAUGCCUGGUGACAUUAUAGCCUACGUCAUUUCAUGCAACCAAAACAUCAACGUGAAAUCUAUCGGAGUUGGAAUGAAAUCUCUGAUCCAUUCGAUCUCAAAGAAAGAGAUUAAUGCCAUUGGUAAAACUAUCCAUCCUUCUGCAGGGGUAUUCGUUCAGGUCGGAGAAAGUUUUUUACCUAAACCUAUCCUACGGAUUGUAGGAGAAUGUGUGUGUAAACUGUGGAUAGCAGAGAAUAAAGUUGAACUCUUGGAGCAGGGUUGGAGUAGGGAGAACCUGGAGAAAUUAGUCCCAGGGUUGGAUAACAGCAAAGAAUUUCUCUUUCAUAUGAUUCAAGAACAAGCGGCCGUUUUUAAUCAGGGUGUAUGCGAGGAGUUGAAUCCUAGCACUAUUUUCCAUGAUAAAAAACUAAUCCUGGCGCUAGCUGCAUUGUGUACCCAGAGUAAGGAUGGAACUGCGGAGUAUUCAGCUGUCAACAAUUUCAUCCAUCUUCAUUUUCCUUACUACAAACUUUCAGGGUUGAAGUUUGAUUCGGGUCUGGAUCCUAACAAACGAAUCCUUGUGGAUCCUUGUUUUUCCGAAUAUUGCAGCACAUACUUCCAACGUAUUGUGAGAUCUCAAAGAAAACUUGCAUGCUUUUUUCAGCCGGAAAUAUUAAACCUCCUUCUCCCCCCGGAACUAACGUUUCCGGUCCAAACAGUUUACGAUAAACCUGGAUUGAGUGAGGACCUUCUGGUUAGCCUAGCAGUUCUCCAGGUGUCAGAUGAGUACGGUUGGGCGGAGAGUUCAGAGAUAGAAGGGUUUAUUACCCUUCAUUUUCCGUUCUAUGGGCACAGUUCAGAUUCAGAAAUGAAAUCAUUUAUUUCCUCUCUCUCAAGUUCUAGCAGUGGGUUGUUCAAUAUCAGGUUUCAUCUUGGUAUACCUGGAAACAAUUUCAGGAUCAGAAUCAAACCAGAUUGUCUGCUCCGGGUGUACACCCGGCUUUUGGAGGAGUUUGAAGCUGGAGAUAACUCUGAGAGGAUGAUGAGAUCUCCGGAGAUGAUGAAAACUAUCCUGAACCUGCAUCCUCCUGUCUGGAAAGAUUACUUUACUUUGAAAGAGCCAAGUAGAGGAUUAACCGUAUCCAAACAUCUACUGGGUAGUUCGGCGAAUAUUCAAGAAUCCUCCUUAUCCGAUCAUGGUGGUUACCGCUCCGGUUCCAGCCAGCCUUCACACAACCCUGAAGUAGAACACUCUCAACCUACAGCUUUAGAAGAAAUUCCAGAAAGCAGGUUGCAAGAAGAAGAAGAUGAACCCCUGUUUAAACCGGAUCUAAAUAUUCAUGUUAUAAUUGGCUUAUCCCUUCUCAUCACUAAGCUAAUAAAGAAUGAAGAAGAGGCAGGGGAGGAGGAGAAGGAGGAUCUGAUUUUGAACCAGUUUACUUUAUGUGAAACUUUUACUCUCCGAUCCCUCAUAAAGGCCCUGGAAACAGUAUUCUCCUACUACACUCUCAACUCAAAUAAGAAAGAAUUUGUCCUGCAGUUCCGAGAUCUAGGAGAUAAUCAGAUCCUAGAAUACUAUGAGAAAGGUCAAGGAACAUACUGCCUGCGAAAAUCUAUGUGUGAAGGAGUUUUUCAAGAGAUGUUGCUGGUUUCUCUAAACCCAGGGAAGAUUGUACCUGGUUUGAUGAGACCUGAUUAUCUCCGGGUUAUAACAUCCUCCCGUCCUUCACUCUCUGACUCCAUGUUGGUAACAAUCGCCCUUCUCAAUCUUGGAAACUCAAGUGAGAGGUGUGCCGUCUCAACUCCGUCCCUAAAGGCCUUCAUAGGAGAACACUUUCAGUACAGGACUAUCAGUUUACAAGACGUGGGCUGGGGAAAGGAUUCUAAAAUGUGGACCUUGCUUGCUAUGCUGGUAGAUCAUGACAUUUUUAAGCUGGAGAAAUCAUAUAUUUUAUUCAAAGAUUCGGUGGACAUCAACCUGAUGCAUCGGAAGGUUGAGGAGACUUUAAGAAAAGUUGAGGCGCAUGGUUUCAUUAACCUCUCUCCGCAGAUUCUUACGAUAUUCCGGAGAACCAAGUUAGAACCACCCUUUGAAAGUCCACCAAUCCCCUUGGAUUAUUUAGCUGCAUUAGCUCUCCGAAACCUGGCAGUAGAACCAGGAGCUAAUGUUGAGAUCUCCAAGAUGUGGAGUUUCCUUGCAACGGUUUUCCCGCAUUUUCAAACCACCUCACCCUGGCCUGAGCAGGAACUGUAUCAUGGGGUUGGAUUCGAGGGAAGAAAUAGAUUUCAUGUUUUUAAGGAACAGGACGAGAUAUACGUGGCUCUACCAGCAUCUAUAGCAGAGGAGGUGUAUGAUGAGAUGAUGGGAUAUAUUGAGAGGCAUGAGAACAGUAUCCGGGAGUGCAUGGAGAAUGGAAACCUUCUCUGGAAUAUUAUGAAUGGAAUUAUGCCAAACAACAUUUAGCUAAUUACAGUUCAAAUCUUCAAAUUUCGAAUUAUUGGUUCACAAAUCAAAAUUGUGGUUUUGCAGGUUUUACAAAUCAAUCUUUGAAGUCGCAUGCAUAUACAUAAAAAAGUUCCCACUAAACUUGUUAAUAACAAAGAAAAAAUCUGAAAUUUACAAUCUCUAUGGGGUUCAUGCUUUUUGGUUUUAAAAUUACGAGGAACUGCACUGUAAGCUAAAUUUCAAGGACCCCCCCCCCCUGACUAA